AUGUAUAUUCGAUUGAAACUUGCAAAUUUUGCGGCAUUUACUGUCAUAAUUUUCUUUCUUUAUCUUGGAUAUCUCAUUUGGGAAAAAGAGGAACAUUUUCCUGAUGUUGUUAUUGAGCUUCAUGAUUUGUUAAGUUAUGUGCUUUUGGCUGCAGAACUAGGUGGUCGUGCUAUCCUGGAUAUUAAUGAUGAGCAACGAUUGAAUGCUAUCAAAAAAGCGGAAACAGAUGUCGGUGUGGCGGAACUUUUGACGACAGCUGAUUUAUUAUCAAACCAGCUUAUAAUCAACGUCCUAAAAAGAUAUCCAGGUUUACAGGUUAUUUCUGAAGAAAAAGAAGCGUUAAGCUUAGUGGAUUAUGAAAAAUAUCAGUCACAACAGCAAGAACUUUAUACAAAUGUGAAGAAUAUCGUUGAUUUAUUUCCAUCACGAAAAUAUUUAUUAUCAAAAUUAGCUGUUUGGGUUGAUCCACUGGAUGCAACACAAGAAUUUACAGAAGGCCUGCUCAAGUAUGUUUCUGUGAUGAUUUGCAUAGCAUUAGAUGGCGCACCUAUAUUUGGUGUGAUAUACAGACCAUUCACUGGUGAAAGGGUUUAUGGUUUAAAUGAAUUUGGAAUCUUAAAAGGAAAUGGCGAUAAAUGGAACCGUACAUUUUCGAAGAACAAUUCGAAAUUAAUAGUGGUUUCUAGACGAGUAAAAGAUUUGGACAGACAUGAUUUAUUUAAUAAUGCUUCUUUUUCUAGAUCACAUGCUGGGAAUGUAAGAGAGUUGGCACUGAAUUCUUUCCUUUCCAAUUUUACUGUUGAAGCGGCUGGAGGUUCUGGUUACAAAUUCUUGAGAUUGUUAAAUGGCACUGGAGAUUUAUACAUACAUAUGACUGCCAUUAAAAAAUGGGAUACUUGUGCCGGUGAUGCUUUGCUUCGAUCGAUUGGUAGUUUAAUGCUUGAUUUUAAUGGUGAUGUAUUGAAUUACGAUCCAAAUGGUGAUUAUGUCUUGCGGAAUGGUUUACUAGCUGCAGCACAAUAUCCCUUUACUUAUUUUCAACAGUGGAGACAGCAUUUGAAAGGAACUUCGAUUAAAGGGUCAGUUAUAGGAUUAUCAGCAACAAGUGCAGCGUUUAUCGAUAAUCGCGAUUUGGAACCAAUUGUUCGAGUUGAAAUAAACUCAAAUGGGAUAUUUUCUUUGGUACCCAAUGAUGUGCUAGAUCAAGCUCGUAGGGGCUGUCAGUUCCGUCCAUUUGGCAUUCUAGAACCGCUGUGCGCAAAAGCUGCUCGACAUGAUGUUACAAAAGCACUUCCACUAAUUUGUGAAAUAGCUAGUAUAAAAUACAAAUUAAAAGAAUUGGAUGAGGAAUAUAGUAAAGUGAAAGAAUCUUUAGCUUCGAUUAUUUAA